GCUCGGACAGCUGCGUAGACUGUGCGCGACCCAGCAGGAAGGCAGGGCGUGCGGAGAGAAGGCCACCCACCAUGGCGUUGGGCUUGGAGCAGGCGGAGGAGCAGCGGCUCUACCAGCAGACGCUCCUGCAGGACGGGCUCAAGGACAUGCUGGACCACGGCAAGUUCCUCGACUGCGUGGUGCGGGUGGGUGAGCGCGAGUUCCCAUGCCACCGCCUGGUGCUGGCUGCCUGCAGCUCCUACUUCCGGGCGCGCUUCCUGGCCGAGCCCGAGCGCGCGGGCGAGCUGCGCCUGGAGGAGGUGUCCCCUGACGUGGUGGCCCAGGUGCUACACUACCUGUACACGUCAGAGAUCGCGCUGGACGAGGCAAGCGUGCAGGACCUGUUCGCCGCGGCGCACCGCUUCCAGAUCCCAUCCAUCUUCACCAUCUGCGUGUCCUUCCUGCAGAAGCGCCUGUGCCUCGCCAACUGCCUGGCGGUCUUCCGCCUAGGCCUCCUGCUCGACUGCGCGCGCCUUGCCGUGGCCGCCCGCGACUUCAUCUGCGCGCGCUUCUCGCUGGUGUCCCGCGACGCCGACUUCCUCGGGCUCUCGGCUGACGAGCUCAUCGCCAUCAUCUCCAGCGAUGGCCUCAACGUGGAGAAGGAGGAGGCCGUGUUCGAGGCGGUGAUGAGAUGGGCGAGCAGCGGCGACGCCGAGGGGCAGGCCGAGCGCCAGCGCUCGCUGCCCACCGUCUUCGAGAGCGUGCGCUGCCGCCUGCUGCCGCGCGCCUUCCUAGAGAGCCGCGUGGAGCGCCACCCUCUCGUGCGUGCCCAGCCCGAGCUGCUGCGCAAGGUGCAGAUGGUGAAGGAUGCACACGAGGGCCGCAUCACCAUGCUGCGCAAGAAGAAGAAGGGGAAGGAGGCAGCGGGGGCCAAGGCCACUGACAAGGGCACAGCCGAAGCCAAGGCAGAGGAGGAUGAAGAGGAGGCCGAGCGCAUCCUACCCGGGAUCCUCAAUGACACCCUGCGCUUUGGCAUGUUCCUACAGGACCUCAUCUUCAUGAUCAGUGAGGAGGGCGCCAUGGCCUAUGACCCGGCAGCCAACGAGUGCUACUGUGCCUCCCUCUCCACCCAGAUCCCCAAGAACCACGUCAGUCUAGUGACCAAGGAGAACCAGGUCUUUGUGGCUGGGGGCCUUUUCUACAAUGAGGACAACAAAGAGGACCCCAUGAGUGCAUACUUCUUGCAGUUUGACCACCUGGACUCAGAGUGGCUGGGGAUGCCGCCGCUGCCCUCGCCGCGCUGCCUCUUCGGCCUGGGAGAGGCUCUUAACUCCAUCUACGUGGUCGGCGGCCGAGAGCUCAAGGACGACGAGCGCAGCCUGGACUCGGUCAUGUGCUACGACAGGCUGUCGUUCAAAUGGGGCGAAUCGGACCCGCUGCCUUAUGCCGUGUACGGCCACUCUGUGCUCUCCCAUAUGGACCUUGUCUACGUCAUUGGCGGCAAAGGUAGCGACAGGAAAUGCCUGAACAAGAUGUGCGUCUAUGACCCUAAGAAGUUCGAGUGGAGGGAGCUGGCCCCCAUGAAGACUGCCCGCUCACUCUUCGGGGCCACCAUCCAUGACGGCCGCAUUUUUGUGGCUGCUGGGGUCACAGACACAGGGCUGACCGGUUCAGCUGAGGUGUACAACAUCGUGGACAGCAAGUGGGCGCCCUUUGAGGCCUUCCCACAAGAGCGCAGCUCACUCAGCCUGGUCAGCCUGGCAGGCACCCUCUAUGCCAUCGGCGGCUUUGCCACACUGGAGACUGAGUCCGGGGAGCUGGUUCCCACAGAGCUCAACGACAUCUGGAGGUACAAUGAGGAUGAGAAGAAGUGGGAGGGGGUCCUGCGGGAGGUCACCUAUGCCGCUGGUGCCACCUUCCUACCUGUACGGCUCAACGUGCUGCGCCUGACCAAGCUGUGACCCGCCCAGAGGACCUGACUGCGCGCCCCCCAUGCUGCAGCCCACACAGGCCCGGCCUUCUGGGAUGGGGGCUCCCAGGAGGAGUCUGGGAGAGGCAAAGCCCACCUGUAUCCCAUCCCAUCAUAGUGCCCGAGGGGCCACUUCAGCCAGGAAAGGGAAAUCGCUGCCUGGAGCUAGCCUUUCGGGCAGGGACGAGAAACUUUUGGCCUCUCCUGUGUCUCCAUAUCCCCCGUGUUCUUGGUCCAUGAGGCAGAACCUCGGGGGGUGUCAGGCUGCAUCCUGGCCCAGCCCCGGCCUGGCUGUGUGUGCCCAUAAACUCCCCACAGAAUUCAGUCUUCUCGCCUGUCAGAUGGGGAGGGUCCCCAUCGAGUGCACCUUGCAGCCUGGGUAAGUCUCCUGUAAGAAGAAUAAAGUGCCUUCCGAGCAAGCAGCUCGGGGUCUGGGAUCAGGUGCUCCAAGCGUCAGCGACCAGGUGCUUUGAAGAACUGGGGCUUUUGUGUUCAGCUGCUGGGCUGCCAAGGUCGGUGGUCUCUGCCCUCCACGUGUGUCUCCUACACGUUCUGUUUGCGCCAAGAGCUUGAGCCCCCUCCCUGAACCUCCAGCUCCUCAUCCAGCCUGGACAGGGAGCCAGGAGGCUGCUGGAGCAAGGGGCAGGGAAGAGCCAAACCGUGGUAGAAAAGUCUUUUAUUCUAUCAGUCAGGCCCCUCCCAGGAAUAGCUGAGCGGAGCCCAACCCUCUCCCCUCUCCCCCUCUCCCCUACUCGGGCUUCUCUUUGUCCUGCUUCUGCUCCUCCAGCGUCAGGGUUCGCUCUCGCUCCUUCACCAGCUGGACACCACAGUAGGUGACAAACAGGACGGCCAGUGUGGUCUGGGGGAACCCUGUGUGGGGAAGAGGUCAUGGGCACCUGGAAGCAGCUUCCCUUUCCCCCAGUGACUCUUCUCUCCCCACUUGACUGUCCCGCCCUGCUGAGUCCCUGCAGAAUUGCGGUGGGGUGGGGACAUUUCAGGAGGUCACAGUCCUUGAGGUCGAUACCUGGCAUAUUCCGUAUCCCCCGUCCCUCACCUGUGAGUAGCAGGCGCUGGGCGACCAGCUCUGUGAACUCAAAGCUGUUCAAGCUUACAAGGUUGUACAUGAUGAUGGCCCAGAAGUUCAUGGCCCCAAAGAUGGCUCGGACCCUGCGGGACAUCUGCUCCGACAGAGAGGCCUGCUGGGUCCAGGAAAACAUAGGCAGUGAGGCAAGAGGCCCAGGGGAAAGAGGACGUGGCGGGUCAGAGGCCUUGCCUAUGUGGCCACCUGGGUCCUGGGGAUAUGCCUGUGUCCCUGAGAGUCCCCGCUCAGCUCUCCCUCAUUGUUAAAAGAUGGGAAACUGAACUCUGGAGAGAGGGCAGGGCCUGAACAACACAGCCAGGCCCGGGUGCCCCCCGACCCUGCAGAAGGGAAGGGAGCGCCAGGUACCCACAGAGAGAGCCAUUGCCCCAACGACCCGGAGGGGGGUGGUGGUGAGAAAGUUCUGGACUGGGAGCCAAGUGUGGCUGGAAGACUCCAGAGAGCAGUAGUGCCACCCCCUCCAGUGUCCCAGACAACCUAGCCCCAGACCUUCCUUGCUCACCUCAAUUCGUGCCAGGGGCCCCCACUCUGCCAGCUUCUGUACCCAGAGCUCAAAGUUGAGGCCAAAGCAGUUAAGGCAUGACCACAAGUAGACAGUAUCACAAGGUCCGAGCCACAGAGUGGUGAUGGCAAAUGUGGCCACAGUGGCCCCCAGCUCUGGGAUCACCGCAGAGUGCUCCCCACCAACGUGGUCAUAGACAUACCUGCAGGAAAGGCGGGAAAAGGGGCCGGUGGGAGUGUGGGGAAAGGCAGGUGGGAGACGGGCAAAGGGUACACAACGGGGGCAGCUUCCUCAACGCUAUCAUCCUGGGCACAUUCAACAUUCUGGGCCUCAGGUGGCUGCCCUCCUCUACCCAACUUCAAAAUGUGGAGGGCUCAGCCUUGAACUUCCCGUCUUCUCUAGCUACCUUCAUUUCUCCAAGUGAUCUCAUCCAGACCCAAGACUGAAUACUGUCUCUAUGCAGACAAGCCCCAAAUCUGUCUCUUUAGCCCAGUCUCUCUCCUGACUCAUAUAUCCAACUGUUACCAGACAUCUCACAUGAAUGACCAACUCCCCCAUCCCUGCCCAAACCCACUUCAUUCCCAUCUCAGCUAAUGAUACCACCAUCCAUUCAGUUGCUGGCCAGGAGCCUUGGUGCCAUCUUGGAUUCUCAAUUCCCCUCUCCACUCACAUCCAAACCAGCAAAUGCUACGGGCUCCACUUGGUCCUGAGCACUGCUUAUCACCUCCACUAACACCACCCUAGUCGAGGCGAUCAUCUCCUGUCACACAGAUUAUUGAAAGAGCCUCUGAAGUCAUCUCCCUGCUUCUGCCUCUGCCCCCUACAGUCCGUUGUCCACACAGCAGCUAGAGGCAUCUUUUAAGAGUGUAACCCAGAUCACCUCACUUCCACAAUCACACCCUCCCGCAAUAGCUCCUCAUUACAAUUAGAAUAAACUCAACCACCUUCCUAUGGCUAGAAGAUCCCACGUCAUCUGGUUUCUGCCUCCCUCCCUUACCUAUCACCCACCAUUCUACCAUUCAUUCACUAUGCUCUCCCCUUACUGGUCUUUCUGAUACUCAGACACACACAGCCGGUUCCUGUCUUAAGGCCUUUGUACCUGUUGUUCCCUCUAUCUGGAAUUCUCUUCUCCAAAUUUCGUUAUCACUCAAGUCUCAGUUCAUCUCACAGAGGCCUACCCGGACCCCAACUAAAGAAGCUUCUACCCCAUUACACUCUUUUAUUUUCUUCAUAACACUUACCAUUCUCUAAAAUUAUUUUUUUUAAACCUGUUUAUGGUCUGUUUCUCCCCACUAGGCUGUAAGUUCCAUGAGUUCAUGGUCUUUGCCAUGUUCACUGCUGUAUCCCCAGUGCCUAGAACAGUGCCUGGCACAUAGUAGGUACUCAAUAAAUAUCUGUUAAAUAAAUUCAGUAGAAGACCCAUUGCAUAA